AUGUAUUCGUCGUAUUUACUAUUAUUUAGUUAUAUUUUAGUUCAAGAAUAUAAUGGAAUGUUUGAAUGUAUUUUAACACAAUUUGAAGUUGUUGUUAAAGACAGUCCAUAUUGUAAUUUUAACAACUUAAAAAUUGUUCGUUUUAAUCGAACAACUUUUGUCAUUAAUGGGAGCUUCGAGAUUUUUGUGGAUACUAUUGAAAGUUUUGAUACUCUAUGCAGUAUGUUUAAGAAAGCUGGGAACGAUUAUAAACUAACUCCAUAUAAAGUUGGUCCAAUCAACAUUUGUGAUGCUUUAAAAAAAGACGAACUUUUCUAUCCAUCAAUUCAUGCGGCAUCCAAAAAUUUUCCAGCAUUAGGGACAUGUGAUUUUACAGAAGGAAAAAUUUAUAAAAUAAUUAACUUUCUGCCUAAUCUUGACAAAGUACCACCAGUUUUUCAGAGUGGAGACUACAUGAUCGAAUGCCAAGUUACUAAAGCUGGUGAAUUAAUUCAAGCAUUAAAAAUUUAUGGGCAACUAUAUAACAUUGAUUCAAAUGCAAUGUUUGAGUGCAUCAUGACACAAUUUGACCCAAUUGUUAAAAAUUGCCAAUCAAUGAAUUUUGAUAAAAUAAAAGUCGUUCGUUUCAACCGCACAACCUUAGUAAGUAAUGGAUCAUUUGAACUAAAUUUUGAUGGAUCAUUUGCCGAAGCUGAGGGAUUAUGCAAUUUUUAUAAGAAAGCUGGAAAUGAAUAUAGACUAACUCCAUAUAAAGUUGCUAGAACAAAUUUAUGCAAAGGUAUGGCAGAAGAUGAAUAUUUCUACCCUGCAUUUCAUACAUUCACAAAUUUUCCACCUGUCAAGACGUGUGCUUUCAAAAAUGGAUUUACUUACUUUAUUAAAAAUUAUUUGCCAGAUUUAAGUAAAAUACCACCCGUUAUAGGAAGUGGAGACUACAUGCUAGAAUGCAAAAUUUUUAAAGGUGAAGAAUUUAUACAGGGGUUUAAGACUUAUGCUCAAGUCUACAACAUUCCGAAUUCUGGGUAA